UUAGCCAGACCAAAUGUUAUACUUCCGUUUCCGGUACACGAGAGAUUGAGAUGUUAUUGCGCAAAAGUAACAUUUUGUGGUUCUUUUGAGCAUAAGUACAGUGUUUUAAAGGUUAAAUAAACAUUAAAAUGGAAGAAGCUAGUUUAGACGACUUUUUUGCUAAGAAAGACAAAAGCAAGAAGAAGUCAAAGUCUUCAAAAGUCAUUGCUAGUGACAUUCUUGAAACAACAGAUGAGCCGGUUAAAAAAGACAAAAAGAAGAAAGUGAAAGAAAAGACACAAACUUCUACAAAUACAAAAUCUGACAGCAACACAAUUGGAAUUACAGUAAACCCAGAAGAGGAAGAAGAAUGGAAAGAAGUUGAAGAAGAGGCUGAAAAAGAUUACUCUGGUUUAAGAAUAGCAAAUCUACAAGUAACAGAAAAGGAAAAUGAGGAGACUGAAGAACAGACAGAGGAGAAUGUAGAAGAGGAAGAUGAUGAUGGUGAAGGAAAAAAGAAGAGGGAUACUGGUCAACAGGGGCCGUGGGUAAAAUCUGAUAAUGUACAACAACCUCCUGUAACCCCCAAACCAGCAGGUACACUAGUAUAGUUGAUAGUUAUUUGU